AAAACCUCACACUUUCUCAGUGUUCAGCACUGGCCUACAUGCUACAGAUAUCAGAGGAGGUUCUGGAUGUGUUUGACCUGAAGGUAUACAAGACAUCAGAGGAGGGUCGUAGGAGACUGCUCCCAGCUGUGAGAGGCUACAGGAAAGCUCUACUCACUGGCUGUGAACUCACAGACACAUCCUGUGAACCGUUGGCCUCAGCUCUCAGUUCAAACCCCUCACACCUGAGAGAGCUGGAUCUGAGUAACAAUGACCUGAAGGAUUCAGGAGUGAAGCUGCUCUCUAGUAUUAAUCACAUCCUGAAGGGCAGUCCCGAUACGCUGGAUCCUGUCGUCCUAGUCGCGGACGUGCUCCUCCAACGACUCGGGCGCUGCUGCUGCUCCUGCUGA